AACCUCACGGCUCACCCCAGGUCUCCACCUCCACAAAUCUCAUCUUCCCUGCUCCCUCUCUUAAAACAGGUUGAUACACAGCAAUCAGCAUCCACCCAAGAUGAGCCAGCAACAGCCACAGAGGCCCCAAGCUGAACAGCAAGAGCCCGUCAAGUACGGCGACGUGUUCCCGGUCUCCGGCGACCUUGCCUCCAAACCCAUCAAACCGCAAGAUGCCUCCCUGAUGCAGUCGGCUGAAAACUUGGUCAUUGGACGCACCCCGAAAGGCGGUGUGGCUGCUACCAUGCAGUCGGCUGCGGCGACCAAUGAAAGAACAGGUCAUGUUGGACACGAUGAUGUCACCGACAUCACCAAGGAUCGAGGUGUGACUGUUACAGAGACUGAUCUUCCUGGAAGAAGCAUAAUAACCGAGGCUGUCGGAGAUGAGGUGGUUGGACAGUACACCCUGCCAGGUGCACCGAUGACGACUGCGGCAGGGGGUACCGGUGACGGACCUCAUCCAAUUACAAUUGGGGAAGCACUUGAAGCGACUGCCAUGGUAUCCGGUGACAAGCCAGUCGAUCAGAGUGAUGCAGCUGCGAUACAAGCAGCGGAGGUGAGAGCUACAGGUCUGAACGUUAACAUACCGGGAGGUGUUGGUGCAGAAGCUCAAUCUGCAGCGAAUGUCAAUGAACGGGCCAUUCGCGACGAAGACAAGGUUACUCUGGGUGAAGUUCUCACGGAUGCGACGGCGAAGCUAGUGCGUGAUAAACCGGCAACGCGCCGGGACGCUGAAAGGGUGGUUGGUGCGGAGCUCCGGAAUAAUUCUAACGUGAGCACUCAUCCUGGGGGCGUGGCAGCAGCUGUUACAGAGGCCGCCAGACUCAACCAAAACAUAUAAAGAGAAGAUGCUUGGUCUUAUUUACUUUUUUGUCUAAGCCAUCGCUCUCUCUAUGUUUGAUUCUCGUAUGAAGAAGUCUACAUAGUAAUUUACAGUGUGUGUACAACGAGCUUGUGUGUGCGUAUAGUAUGCUUUUCUGUGCUAAAGAAAUAAUCUAUUUUAAUUAUGA